AUGCCUCUCGCGAACUCCUCAUCUACAAGUCUGCAGGACAAUGAAGAAAUUGUGAUUCGACAAAUUGUUUACCACUUACCUGAUGGCCAACCAUUUGAAGCAGAAAAAGAAAACGACGAUGACGAAAAAGAUAUUUUCCAAAACAACAACAGUCGCCAUGAAAUGCGCAUUGGAGGUGGUGCCGAAUUGGCUGUGUAUUCCGAAGAGCAUCUCUCAUUGAAUGAAGAACCCGAGGAGGAACCCUAUCGUUUGAAACCAAUUUCGGCAUUACAAAGGAAUCUAAGGAAAUUCCUACGUUAUCUGACUCAGGGAUUGCUGAUGAUUUGUUGGCUUACCUUUACCUAUCACCUGAUGAGGUAUCCGGAACGGGAAGAGGAAAUGGUGUUGCUAAGUUUUCCACCCCAAAUGGCAAUAAUAUAUGAGUUGCCAUUAGAUUUGCAGGGUGUGGGUUUGGCAAUGAAAUUGAGAGGACUUUUUUCAAGGGAAAGUUUUCAAGAUAUGAAAGUUGUAGCUAGCCAGGAAGCAAAGAAGUCCUUCCUAAGUUAUGUUUUACAAGGCAGCUCAAAGGAUUUACUGAAGACCAAAAAUAUUUCCCUAGUAAAACAUUUGUUUAUUAACGAAAAUUCUACAAGUUUGAGCCUGGUGGAAAAAGUCAUGGAACAAAUUAUUUUCCCAGAAACUUCGAGGAAAUUCCAACUAUUGUUCCGCAGCAAAUCCAUGGAAGAUAUUUCCCUGGAACUAUUUGUGACCCCUGUGGAGUCUGGCCAAACCUGGAUAAUUAUCUGGGGUCUGGCGCUCCUAAUUACAAUUUAUUUGCUCAUGGCCUCCGAUCUUUUGCAUCGCACCUUUGCUGCCAUACUUUGCAGUUCCCUGAUUAUUGGCCUGGUGGCUGCCAUCCACGUGAGGCCUUCCCUGGAGGAGGUGUUCCAUGGCAUGGAAUUCGAUAUUAUCAUGAACUUUUUUGGCAUAUCCCUGAUAAUGGAAAUCCUGGCUGAAACCGGUUUACAAGACUAUUUGGCAGCCUGGAGUUAUGAAAUGGCCAAUGGCCACAUUUGGCCUUUGCUCAAUGUUUUGUUCCCCUCCAGUGUUCUCUUGGCCCUAAUUUUCGAUGACAUUACCCUGAUAUUGUUCCUGACACCCAUCGGCCUGAGACUUUGUGAAAUAAUGCAUUUGAAUUGUGCCCCAAUUCUGGCAUGCCUUAUAAUUGCCAUUAAUCUGGGUUGCUCCCUGACACCAAGCAGCUCCCUUUCCAAUUAUCUGAUUUUCCAACAUGAGAGUUUGAAGCAGGAGAACCUCUCCUAUGGCUCAUUUCUCAUUCACCUUCUGCCAGCCUCUCUCUUGAACUUACUGCAAUCCUACAUCCAUCUUCGUCUGUUGUUCCACAAUUCGGCCCAAAUUGGUACCAAGGAACCCCUACAGGUGGAGAGACUAAGGCGCCUGACUAGGGUGUGGCGCAAAGUUUCCGAUCGCAUGGGUGCCUAUUCCCUGGAUGAACGCUCGGCCAAAGACACCGUGGAUACACGCAUAAGGAGUCUCCGGAAACGUCUCAAACGCCUGGGAAAAAUGCCCGAUCCACCCUCAGGAUUUGAGGAGAAGGUUUUGAAGUUACGCCAGAAUUUCCAUCUAAAGAAAAUACCCCUGCUCAUCGCCUGUCUGCUGGCCAUUUUGGUGCGUUUUUUAUUUGUCAUCCUGGAUCAGGGUUUCCAAUCCAUUCAAAUAUCCCUGGGAUGGAUAUCGGUACUGGGAGCCUUGCUGUGUCUCAGUCUAUGCAAUUAUGAAGAUCUGGAGGGGGUUCUGGGACGCAUUGACUGGGCCACAAUGCUUUUCAUUUCGGCGCUAUUUAUUCUCAGCCAAAUGCUUGAGAAAUUGGGAUUCUCUGAAGCAAUUGGUGCAAUGUUGGAAAACUCUUUGGCAAAUGUGGAGACCGAAUAUCGCCUAACCCUUGGAAUUUUGGCCAUAAUUGGAAUCUCUGCCAGCCUAAGUCUGUUGCUCAGCAAUGCGACCUUGAUUAACUUGCUGCUGCCUGUGAUAACAGUCUUAGCCAAGAAUGAAAAAGUAAAUAUACCCCUAAUGCCUUUGGUGUGGUCCCUGGCCCUGGGCUGCAGCUUGGGCGCCAAUGGAUGUCUUGUCGCUGGCAUUGUCAAUGUUGCCUGUACCGGUGUGGCCUCUAAGCAUGGCUACUCCAUAACAUUUUGGGAUUAUUUUAAAAUCGGUUUCCUCAUUAUGUUGGGUAAUUUAAUUAUAGCUUCUUGUUAUCUCCUGUUGGCCCAUGUUUUGGGUCAGUGGCACUGA